AUGGCGAACCCUGCGCCAGGUGAUCCGCCUCCCUCUUUCGGCCCACAAACAGCGCGCACUGCCUCCGUCUCCUCUUCGUUUUCUUCCUUUUCUUCUUCCUCCGCAUGCGCGGCUCGAAGGGACCUCAGCGGCCUGCCGGCGUGUGCCGAUUCGAGGCCAGGAAAGGAAGUGGAAUCGUUGCAGGGAGCAGAGAGAGGUGAAGAACAGAGUGAGGAAGAUGGAAACGAACAAAGAAAAGCUGGGUCUUCUCCAACAGGGGGCGGCUCCGACGGAGCCGGCAGCCGAGAACGUCAAAGACAAAGACAGUCAGGGGACUGCGGGCUGCUCUCGCGUCGGACCUGCGACAGAGGAGACAGCUGGUGGGGCGAAGGGAGACACAGCGCAAGAGAGGAGCAAAGGCCUUCUCUGCUUUCGAGCAGAGAAGAGCUUUCACUCCCUCUGGCGCGUCUGCUGUCUCAGCCGGAACCGUUAGCCCUCCCUCCCGUGCGAGAAAUCGCGGAGUGUCUUGCUCACCUCCCGACGCUUCGGCCCUCGGAUGUGCGCGGCUUCUGGGACACCCUCUUCGUUGUCGGCCCCGUACUGGUCCGCGACUUCGCGGAUGCCUGCGCGGUUCACGAGGCGACAGCGCGAAGCGGACACGACGCGGUUUUCAGUCACGGAGACGAAUCACGCGUUGAACACUCUUCGUUUCCUUCGCCCCUUCCAUCUCGCACAUCGCCGAAACCGCGCGACGCCAGGGGGCCGGUUUCUGCAGGAGACAACGAGGCAAGGGAACACGAAAGGGAACAGCGAGAGCUAGGGGGGAGAAGAGAGUCGUGCACACGCGACGACAGCCCGUCGAGUUCCUCCCCUCCGCCCUUCCAUUCCUCUUCUCUGCUUCUCUCCGCAUCCGAUUCGCCUGCAGCGAGCGAAAAGGAAGGCGGGGGAACACCUGAGGGCGGCGCCGUGCGAGACGGGCGGGACGAGGACAGAGCCCUGGAGUCGAGGCCGUCGACGGUUCUGUCCCGUGCCUCUCUUCCCCCUGGAAAAGACUCCCUGUGUCUUUUGGCCGUGUCUCUCCAGCGCCUUCCGUCAGUUGCUGCUCCGCGUCUGCUUCGGGCGCUCCUCGGAAUCCACGAGGGUCGGUCUCCUCUCGCGCGUUCCCACGCCCCGUUACAUCACCAAAGUGUCCCUUCUCGACGCGUGGCUUCUCGCGCCUCGUCCUUGGCUUCUCUGGAGCGAUCGCCGCCUACUGAGACCAGCUGCGCUCGCCAUGCGAAGGACCCAGGUGCGUCUCCGUUGGGAGCCACGGUCGCCGCAACUGCGGUCGGAGGCGAUGGGGCGGGAUGCGCCGGCGGGGCCCGGGCGUCUCUGCGGUUGGCUGCGGCGUCCCGCGGCUCUGUCUCCUUCCACCGAGGAUUUACGCCGGCCGAAGGGGACACUCGAGCGACGGAUUCGGCGGCUUCGAGCCGGCAGGCCCUCGUCACUCAGCCGUCGGCGUUGGAGGAGGAAGCCCGGAGAGGACCCGCAGGAGGCUGGAGGGACACAGAUCGCAAGUGUCUCCUCGGAGACCGCACUGUGGGGGAGACGGCUGCGAUUGCGCAUACCCUCUUCAGUCGAACGGUCUACAAGAGACGCCUCGGCGGCGCCCGGUUCGGCCGGCCAGGUGUCCUUUUCGAGAGGAUUCCGCAGUCUCGCGACAGAAGCACAAGCGAGUCGUGCUGUCCAUCGCGCACGCCUUCGUUUCUGUGUUUUUCGGAAGAACGACUCGAAGAGGGCGGGACGUUUCGCCGAGAGAGGGAACCGAACGCCCGCAGGGUGCCGCCAGUGUACGAGAAUUUCGGGUGCAUGCCGGCGUGGAAAGAGAGACGGGAAGAACUAGAGAGAGAGGAAGAACAUGCAGUCCCACAGCUGGACCUCGCUGCCCAGUUUCGUCUUGCGGGAAAGGAUCUUGCCAGUGAGACCCAACUGGUCGAUUCCCAUUUCCUCUCCUCGGCUUCUGCCGUUUCUCUCCAGCGUCGCGGAGCGUUUUUGCCCUCGCGUCUGCUGACGACUUCGAGAUGCCUCUCACGGGUUCCGAGUGCAAAGAAGCCGUCCGCCGCUGGACUCCAGAGACAGGGAUCACAAGGACGCAUCGAGCCAGACCGCAGCGCGCCCUGUCGGAUGGAGGGCCCUUCCAGCGCCGCUGUCCAGGGACGCAGUGGGACAGGGACUGUGUCUUCUUCCUUCGCCCUCGCCGAUUCCUGUCUGCCUUCCAGCGUAGGAAGAGAGCGGGACGCACCCAAGGAGGCUCUCUGCUUCCUCAGGGAAUGGACCGAGGCGGGAUCCGCAGCCAGUCGCGCGGGUCGUCUUCUGUCUGAGGCGCAAGCCGUUGGUACCGUCGGUACACUGCCUGAGCACCCUUUUUCUCUUUCUUCGGACGCUUGUCCUCUUCCCGCUCUCGGCUCGCUCGCGGGGUCUUCGCGGACGGCUGCUGGGCCCUGCCCCGAGAAGUCUUUCCUGCUUCACCUUCUCGCCCGCUGGGUCCGGUGCCUCCUGGGCGAUGCGACCGCGGUCGCGCCGCAGGCGAAGGCUCUCAUGGCCUUGGCCUUCCCGGGCCCGGGCUCCAGCGCGUCGCUCCGGGGAAGUGCUCCCGCAGGUGCCCGAGCGAAGACUGGCUCGGGCCGUUUGCAGGCACAGGGCGAGAGACAGGAAAGAGAUGCACGAGACGCGACACAGAGAGGCGAGCCUCGGGACGAAAACGCCCGAGGCGCCUGCGUGCCAUCGUCUUCUUCGCCAAUCUCAACUUUUCGUGCACCUGCCGAGGUCGGACGAGUCUGUGGCAUCGCGGCCUGUCUCUCGGGAUGUCUUCGCCUGGGCGUCUUGGCGGAUUUGGGAGACACCCCUCUGCUGCAGUCUCAGUUGGUGUCCAACCUGUUUGCUCUCGCCUCGCUUCUCAGUGGAGACGGGCAGCCCCAGGCGCUUGCGGAAGAUCUCCUUACCUCCCUCUUCUCGCGAGUCUUCUUCGCUGCCUCUCGUCAUGGCUUCUCUGCACAGACGAGUCUUCCUUCUUCUCCGCCUUCUUCGUCUUCGUGUGGUGGCGUUCAUCGCUGCGUGUUGGGGAAGGCCCCGACGGGGCGCGAUCCAUGUGUGAGCUGUUUUUCGCGCUUUCUUCAGGCCUGCUUGCAGAACCCAUCCGUCAGGCCCCAACAGCGUCUUCUCCUUCUAUGUUUCUCGGAGUUGCGGGAGUUAGCUCUUCUCUUUCUCGCCGGCGUCGUCGCUCGCCGCCCGCCCCUCGCCCCACCCUGCAGCUGCGCCCCGGCUGUGGACGCCCCGCGAGAGACACCUGGAGACAGAGACGCUUUCCAACUUGCUCUUCGCGGAGCGCAGCGAGGCGGGCCGGCAGCCCUUCUAGGGACUACUGAAAUGGCGCAGCAACUCUGCGGAAUGUUGACCGGCCUUUUCCAAAACGAAGUCUUCCUGUCUCUGCCUGGGUGGAGUCCGAGAGAGACGAAGGAAUUGCCCCACGGGGUUCUCACCAACCUCGGGAAAUCUGCCGCACUCAUCCCCUCCUCUGCUUCGCCCCUCGCUUCUUCCGUGGCUGCGAUGAAUGCGGAAACGAACGCUUUGGCUGCGGCGGCUGCCGCAUUGAGCGGCCGAGUCUAUACUUGGUGGAUCGAAGGCGUUUUUCUGCGGGGCGCUCUCGCCGCCAGUCUUCUCCCGGCUCUCGAGCUUUGCCUCGCCCAUCCUGUCUCUUCCCCUGUCUCUUCCCCUGUCUCUUCCCCUGCCUGGCCGCUGUCCGUGCUGUCGGGUGGGGCGCCUCGGCCCCCCGCAGGCGCGUGGUCCAGAAGCGCGAGAGCGGAGCAGCGAGGCGAGGGGAACGGAGGCGCGUGGGAGACGAUGCAUUUUUCAGGACAGGAAACACACUGGGAAGUCGGGGCAAGAGGGGAAGAGCCGACGUACAACGGGUUCGUCGUUUUCGUCGAUGUUGUUGUGAGCAUGAGCCUCGAUCUGGUCAAGCAACAGGAAUGCCUCAUCCGUUUGAGAAGGCGCGCAAGUCGGUGCGGAAGUUCUGUUUCUUCUCUCGCGUCUUCGCCUGUUUUGCUCCCUUCCUCUCUCGCUCUUGGCUCGCCGCAGUCGCCUCGUGGACGGGGCGAUCUGGCCGGCCUGCGCCCGUCGCCCUUUUCACAAGGCGACCAAGGAGACAUGCUGACCCCCGGAGGAGACACGGGGCUCGCCUUCGCGCACCGAUGCCGGCUUCUGUCGUUCGCAGGGCUGGCGCUUGCAGGCGCUGUGGCGACAGAGACGAACCUGCGCGAGACGCAGCCUUGGGCAGCUCAGGGGAGAGGGACGACGGACAGCGCGUCCUGGAGUCUCGGCGAGAAGGAAGUCUCGCGGAAGAAAGAGCGACGAGGCGCUCUCGGUCUCCUCAGUCUCAACGGCGUGCGACGAUUCCUCUCCUCUCUUCUGUCUUCCUCGAGACGGACGACGGGUUCCGUGGCCUUUGCUGGCACGCGAAAGCCGCGCAGAGAAGGGAGAGAAAGCAGCGAAGAGAGAGAGCGAGAAGAGAGAGAAAAGGCAGGAGAGAGAGAAGAGGAAUGGAUAUGGCAGGGAGAAGGAUGGGAGAAGGCCCAGAGGCGAAGAAACGCUGCCUGCGACCAGUUGGUGGCGUGCGGCGUCGCUGGCCUUCUCCACGGGCUCGUCGCGCACGUUCCGAGGUUGCUGAAAACGCGACACGACAGCCGCGACAAGGGCAACGUGGACGCGGGAAGUCAAGGACGCGAGCCUGUGAGAGGAACGCGAUGCCAGGUGCCGACAGCGAAGGAGCGAGAAGGAAACGGACGCGGCGAUGGGCUUCUUGAGAAUCCAACGCGGGGCGCUGUUGAACUUGUUCUGGCGACUGUCUUGGAGGACAUGCUGGUCCACUCAAAGUGCCGGGUUCUUCUCGCGCUCCUCCGAGGGCCGUGCUUCCUGCAUCUUCCGGACGCGCUCUCCGUUCUGGUUUUUCUUCUUCAUCUUCUCGAGCACCAAGUUUUCCUCCUCUCUCUCUCGCUCGCUUCUUCGCUCGCACCCUCUUCUCUGCCUAUUCCUUGCUCUCCCUUUCUCUGCCGGCGCGAAGACGGAACCUGCUGCGGAGAGGCAGACACGGACCCUGGCAGCGAGGACAGACUGCUCGAGCACGAAGGAGAGGAAGACAAAGAGCAGACGGAGGACAAAGCAGAGAAGCGCGCAAAGGCACGGUCAAAACAAGAGGCGACAGUUUGUGGAGAAGCCCCAGGAAGCGUUGGAGAGGAAGACACGCAUGCAAGCGGCGGCUCUGCGUGCCUGUUGCGACUUCUUUCUCUGUAUCUUCGUGACCCCGCGAGAGGGGGGAAAUUGUUCGCUGAUCUCUCGGGCCUUCUCGAGUGCAUUUCCUGUCUCCUGCGCACGGUACUCCAGGGCCAUGAACGACAGUGCCCGUCCGCGCCAUCUUCCGCUGGCCUCCAGUACGUCUCCAGUCUUCUCCGCGUCCUCUUCUUCCGCCUCGUGUGUCUCUGCUGCUGCGACGGAUGGACCGUCUGGGCGCCUUCUCGCUCGGCGGCCUCGCCACGCCGCGGGAGAUCGGCAGGGCGAGGAGACGAAAUGCAGGAAGACUGCGAAGGACGGUCCCGACGGCAGAGGGGACAGGCGGAGCGACACAGAAAACAGCAACUCUACGUCUCUCUGUUCCCCGUUUGGAUGAAGCGAAGGAAGGCGGGACGCAAAAGAGGUCCAGACAGGGAAACAGGCGAGGCGACAGGAGUGGAAGCCGGCGACGCAGCAGCCGAGGGCCCAGGGGAAGGUGUCCAACGCGUAAAUGCCCACGCCGCGUAUGAGAUCUCCUGGCUGCUCCUGAAAGAUUUUCAGCCGCUUCUUCUUCUUCUCCACGCUGCAGCGGAGAGAACAGACGAAGGAAGGCCUGGCCCUGACACGCCAGAGCCAGAGAGGGUGCUGUUGAUGACACAACUUGUCGCGCUCUUCCACCGUACCCUGUUUGUCGUUCUGCAUGCGUCGCUCAACGCGACGGCUCGUCUCGCCCUCCCCUCUCGCCCAGACGCGGAGAGAAGACAGAGCGAGGAUCCCCAGGGCAGCGCGCCUGCUCGAGUGGCGAGCGGGUGCGGGCGCGAACGCCCGGACGAGGCAACAGAGCCGAAACUGCCGGACUGCGAAGGGAGAGAAGAGGAAGCGGAGGCGGCGCCGGCGAGGUGGAAGGCAAAAUCGCUGUUUGCGUUCCUAGAUCGAGGCAAGAAAGACAACGUCAACGGAUGCCCCUUCUCGGGCGUUCAACCACGCGCCUCUCGGGAGUCCCGAGAAGAGCGAGACACUUCCACGCGUGACUCGGGCCUUAACGCGUCCGGCGCUUUCCAGGAAAAGCCGCGGGAGCGACGAAAAGAGCGGUCAAAAGGCGACGCUUUUGAGCGCGACGAAGCACGGGAAUUUCGACGCUUCCUCGCGACGCUUUCCCCCGCGGGCCCGCACGGCCUCCCAGCAACCUUCCGGCCUCUGUCCCCGUCUUCCCGUGAGGCCGCGGCAUUCGUUGUCCGCGAGCAGCUGUUUCUGCUGGGAAGGAGCCUGGCGACGACUCGAGCUUCGUCGCGGAUCUUCUCGGAGAUGCCGGGCGUCUCGGAGAAUCUGCGAGAUGCGAGAGGGCCGGGGCGAGAGAGGCGGCGCCGCGGAACGGACAGCUGCAGCGAAGCAGGCAGGGAGAGAAGAGCGAGCUCCGCAGAGGGUGCGCGGCGACUCGCCGAAGUCGCAUGCAAACAGGCGGCUGCACAGAUCUGGCUGCUCGUCGCGCGCGAGCGGGCCGCGGCGCUUCUGGGAGCGGCGGGGGCUGCUGCGCCCGAGAGUCCGCCGCUUCGACGGCGCGCGUCCUCGCAGGCUUCCGCGCUGUCUCUUCCGCCGCUGUCCUUCUUCUCGCCUGCGCCAGGAAAGAGCCUCUCGGAAGCAGGCGCGCAGGCGCGCCGCCCAGAGAGAGGAGAGACAGCCUGGCCGGCGAGCCGGGCUGUGCGGCUGAGGCAGCUCCGGCGAGUCGACGCGAUCUGCCACGAAGAGGGCCUCCUCCAACUCGCGGCGUGCCUUUCCCCCUGGUCGCUCACCGUCGAGGACUGCAGGGAAAAAGAAGAGGAAGAAGACGGAGAAGAAGAGAGAGCGGAAGAAGAAGGGGGAGGAGACGAGGAGGGAGGAGAUGAGGAGGGAGGAGAUGAGGAGGAAGAGGGGGAGAGAGAGGGAGAGGGGGAGAGAAAGCGCGAGAGGAAGAGGAAGAAGCGGCGGGUGGUAGUCGCGCGCGACGUGCCGCAGGAAGAGAGGCUGCCGUUGCCUGCGUUUACGCGCGUUGAAGGCGAAGGCGUGACCAAGGGAGAAGUCCGGCGAGAGCGUGCGCGGGGCUUGUUAAAACAGAUUCUACUCGCCAUGGUGCCUCCCGCAGCGCGGCCGUUCGCGGAGACUCUGCCGCUCGCCUUCCUCUGGGUUGCCGUCGCUGCGCAGCAGCUCUUCCAGCGGCGAACUGAGCACUUUUGCAGUUGCUCGGUCUCUGCGUUCUCGGCCUUUCUUCUCGGGUCUUCGCGCGUGGAACUCGCCCUUCUGGACGAAGCAGCGGCUGCUCAGUCGCCUUCCCAGGCGGCACGCGACUCUCUGCUGAAAAAAUCCCGCGCAUCGCUUUUCCACCUCCAAGCAAAGCUGGCAGAACUCGCGGCCGAGCGCUGGGUCCUCCGCCUUGAACGAGGAAGCGCCUCAGCCUCUCUCUCAGUCGGAUGGCCUCUCCCCCAAUCCACUCUCGCUUCGCCGCCUUCAAGCGGCAUUUCUUCUCUGUCUCCCCUUUCUCCCCUUCCUCCCCUUUCUUCUCUGUCUCCUCUCUCUUCUCUGUCUCCUCUAUCCGCUCUGUCUUCGAUUCUUUUGGGAGACGGGCAGAGACGCGAGCAGGCGACAGAACGAGGAGAGGGCGAGCCUGCGCUCGUCCUCGCAACGCUGAUGGGGACCGGACAGGCGUGUGGAGUUUUGCUGCGCACUCUCCAAGACCUCGUCCGCUUGGCCCUCGUGCCGUGCGCGCUCGCCUCCACUCUGUGUGAUCCGCCCCCCUUCGCCGUUUCCUCCUUUUCCUCUGCCGACUCUUUCUCGGCCGCGUCGUGUGCCUCUUCGCCUUCCGGUUCGCCUCGGCCCUCGCCCGCGGGGUCUCUGGACCGCCUGGCUGCCGUUCAAAAGGACAUCGAAAAAAAACAGCACUGCGUCCUCUCGCUCCUCUCACGCCUCUUUCGAGUCGUCCCUGCUCUCCUCAACUCAGUCGACGCGGUCGCGGCUCUUGUCCAGACCUUCGCCGUCCUGGGGGAGUCUCUGCAGCUCGUCGCGACCGCGUUCGAAGAAGUCCCCAUCCCGAGGCUGGACGCGAAGAAGAGACGCCAGUUGCUGAAAGAAGACUUGAGGCAGCCGCGUGGGUUUCUCUCAAGAGCGACGUCGUACCUUCUGCCCGUGGCGACGCCCCACGUGCCGAUCUGUACUCUGUUUCACCGUCGCUCCUGGUCGGCCGCCUCCGCUCGCUCCAGGUUCACGAACUCCUUGGCUGGAGCGGAUCCCGCCGGUUCGUCCGCCUCCGCGACGGCCUCCGCGACCGCUUCCGCUCCCCUGCCUUCCUCUGUUCUGCCUUCUUUCUUUCCGUCUCCCUCGUCCGAGUCUGGGCACCCUGCCUCGCAAGUCUGGGGCCUUCCGGCCCCGAGCGCCUCGUCGCCUCUCGGGAGAGGCUCGCAGAGCGUCCACGGCGCGUCUUCCUCGUUCAGCUGCGCGACUGAGACCAGCAAGAGGAGAAAGACGAACGGGCUCGGCAAGAAGAGGGGCUUUUUGGACGCGCCUUUCCAGGAUCCAGCGACGCAAAGAGUGCUGCAAGUCCUCCACGCCUCACUCCUCGCGCUCUUCUCCUCCCUUCGGCUCCUCAUCGACAGACUCGGCCUCGCCGUGUGGACCGAGUGUAUGCUCGCGAAAACGCGGGAAAGCGACGCUGCCGCUCAACUUCUCUUCCUUCUCGCGACUCUCCUCGCAGAGAAAAGACGGGCAAAGCCCGCCGUUCCUGCUCCGGCCUGCAGCAGCUGUCCCGUGGCGCCUGUUGUGUAUCUCGCUUGCUGCGGAGACGAGAGAGACGGCGGCGCAGAGAGAGCGUGUGACCCCUUCGACGAAUCCUCGCCGCCGUCCUCGUCUCCGCGGCUGCUGCCUUUUCUGGCUUCGCCGCUGUCGCCCUUCGCCAGUCGUCCGUUCUUCUCUCGCCAGGCUCGCGUGCUUCCGUUUGUGAGCGGGAGAGGCGAGAAACAGCGGCGCGACGGAGCGAGGGGAAACUCGGCUCCGAGCCCGAAAGCACACCCACACGGACAAGAGAGAGAGAAAGCAGGCGCGCAGCACUCGGCUUCUCUCGCGUCUUCGCAUCUGUCCCAUUCGCCGUUCGGAGAUCGGAAGUCGUCUUCACUUGCCGAUUCUCUUCUUUCGCCCGCGUCGUCCCUCCCGGCGUGGUCCUCGAGCAGCGAGAUUUGCGUCCAGAGUGAACAGCGAGCGAAAACCGUUCGGAGAGUUGCCGCGGAACCGGAGCGCGGCGCAGGCGGCUUUUCCGGCGAACCUCGAGGCCACGCAGACUCCCGGCACUUGUGUCCGUGCUCGUGCACGCACUGUUCAUCCUCUCUUUCCUCGGUCUCUGAGAGAGCGGGAGAAGAGCGCGUUUGGAGUGGACAUUGUGCCGGCGAGGCGGAGGGGAAGGCGAGGGACUGGGGAGAACAGCGUGAAGAAGCGCUGCUCGCACAAACCGUCCAUGCGUCUCUUUUCCCCCAGCAACCGGAGCUUGUCAUUUUUCUCCCUGCCUCGCUCUUGACUCACCCCAUGUCGACGUUUUCUCACGGGAACAGUCACGAACGCAGUCCGUCUCUGAGAAAAGGGACGGAUUUGUCUCUCGUGGCGUCUCCUCUCUCUGCGGCGCGACUCGCUCCGGCUGGCCGACUCUCGCACGCCUCCCUUCCCGGACGAGAAACGCAGGACCGAGACGACGCUGAGGGAGAGAAGGGACAGCCAGAGCGAGACCCGAGACAGACGGAAGAGGAACGAAAAAAAGAAGAGGGAGAAAACGGAGCGGGAGGAGAGGGACGAGAAAAGGGAGAUGGAGGAGAGGCGGGGAGAGACGAGGAAAGACCGGGAGAGCCCGCUCGGUGGUCUGGCCAAGAAGGAGAGUCGAGUUCUCCCGCGCGAGACCAAGCUUCUGUGUCGUGCCUCCAUGGCAACGGGGCAGUUUUGAGUGUCGCGAGUUCCGACGGGGGCUGUGGGGAAGCAGAAGGAACAGGAGCGCGCGAGGAGAUUAAAGGCGAAAAACGCGAAACAGACGAACGCCAAGAAGCGAAUUGGAGGUCGGAGAGUGACGCUGCCUCAAUAGGGCCUUGCAAAUUCUCGCUGCGUCUGUUGCCUCUUUCGGCGCCUUCGCAGAUCGGCACUGGACGGAACCCUCACCUCGUCUACUAUCUCGACGGCGAUGGCAAAAGGGACGUCUUCACUCAUUUGAAAGCCCAGCCCGUGCGCGUCCUCCGCGUCCACUCUAGCUCCUCUUGCUGUGGGCGAUCUGGGAGGAUCGGCGCCUGUCCCUUUCCGGGUGUCUGUGGAGCGUCGCUUCCUCCCCAGGUCGGGGCGGUCGUCGAGGCGGCGCUAGCAGGCUUCUGGGAACGCGAGAAGCGAAGGCUUGAACACGAGCGGCGUAGGCGGGAGGUCUCGGAGCAGUUCGCCGUCGCGUUUCUUCUUCAGCUCUUCUCUGCUGGGCUUCUUCGCGGCACUCCGGCGAAGACGCCCUUUGACCUCCUGAGCGUCGUGCAGAGCUACAGCCUCCACAUGGACGCAGUCCACGAGAAGCUACGUGAGACCGGCGAGAAGCGAAGAGAAGAGAAAGGCCGCGAAGCGGAGAGGAAAGACGAAAGAGAGCGGAGACGCUUCACGCUCAACCGCCACUACCACUGGGCCGCUCGGGUUGCGUGGAAAAAGACGCAGUCCUCAGGGAGCGCAAACGGGGCCGAGGCACGGAGAGCCGCGUCCGACGAAGAGGUGGAGACGUCAGCGAUCGAGUGCGAUUCAUACCUUCCGCCACCACCGCCUUCCUCGCCGUCGCUAGGUGACUUGCCGCGCAGAGACAGCACAAAUAUAUCCCUGCAUGCGGAACGCGGAGACGACGCGCAGGCCGAGGAGGCGGGGGAGGCGAGAGGCGACGGGACGCGCGGGCCUCUUGGGAGGCUUCCGAGCGACGAGGACAGGGAAGGGGAAGAAAGAAGCGAAGCGUUGCGUCGCCACUCCGAGAUCACCAGGGCGACGCUGCGGCCAGCAGCGUUAGCGAACCUAACCGCCCUGGUUGACGAAUUCGUCCUGACGACUCUGCCGCUCGCUUCCACUUCGGUCUUUUCGCGCGAGACCCUCGCGACAGUCUGCUGGCAGAUCCUCCUGUCGCAUGCCCCGCCCCUGACGCUUUCGAACGGCCUUUUCUGUCCCGGGGAGGCCCCGCUCGAGCGUCGCCGUGGCGCGUCUGCUCCUCCUGGCCCGACCGGGGCCUCUGCCUUGGCCGCCUCGCAACCUUCUCAGCCUGAACGUUUUUCGUUGUGCUCGCGACCGUCCAGCCCCGCGCGCGAAGACACCACAGCACUUGUCGUGUCUGUGCCUGCGACAUGCGUCAAGACGCCCCCGCCUCCCGUUGUGGCGCCAGCAGCCCUCGCCGGGACCGGCCUGGGUCUGUUCUUCCAGGCUCUGCUCAUCCGGGGGGUUCUUGCGAAGCGAGAACAAACAGCUUCGUGGAGUAGCCGAGACGGGAGCUGGCGGCGCGCUGGACAGCCGUUCACCUUCACCUCUUCUUUCCACGCGCAGGACGCUCUCAGAGACUUGCGACGCCUCGCUUUCCUGCUGCGCUCCGCCACUUUGUCGCCUCCUCUGGAGACGGGCGGAGACGCCGCCAGCUUCGCGUUGCCCGAGAUCGAGCACAUGCGCAGGCAGGAGGCCUGGAAGCGAUGCAAAGAAGAGCUGUGCGAGGCACUGAGGACGAGCGCUUCCUCGCUGUUCAGCCUCUUCUUUCCGCUGUCGCAAGCGCGUGUGGCGGCCGACAGCGACGCCCCGGAAGAAAGCGUGCAGGCUCAAGAGAGAGAUCUGUGUGGCGAGCAAUGCAGAACGAAGAACCAGCAGCAAGGCCGAGAGGAAGGGAAGGAAGUCUUGGAUUCCGCCUCAGGCGGCCGGCUCGCCAGUGCGACUCGACGCCCUUUGGAAGGCGAGGAAAAGGCAACGGGCGAGAGCGAAGAAAAGAGACGCAGCGCAGGGGUCGAGCGCGCGGAGAUAAACCCGCGAGGAAGCCAGGGAGACCGAGAGGGAGGAAAGGGACGCCGAGUGUCGUACGCUGUCUGUGAGGAGAAGGCUUUGGACUAUCGAUUACCACGCUUCAGCCUCCACAGGAAAGGCCGUGAACCGAGCGCGUCUCUCCGGGAAACCCCGAAACCGAGUCCUGUUUUCCCCGUCGAAACGGCCAUCCCCCGCGAACACGUUCGCGACCUCGUCGACCUCGCAUCGCGCCUCUCGCCCGGAGAGACGCUUCUGUGGCUAGCAGCUGGUGCAUGGACCGCCGCCCUCAAGACGCUCUCGACUUUGACCGCGUCGCCUCCGAGUUCCCCGAUGGCUCCCGGGCCGUCUCUCUCUCCCGCGUCCUCGGCUUCGUUUCCCCUUGCGAGGGCCGAGGCCCCGUCUCCGAGGGAGUUGAUCGCCGUGGCGGUUGCUGCGCUCGACCUGCUUCGAGGCGUUUCCUCGGCCUCCCAGGAGCCUGCCGCGCUGCCGCUGUCUCUUCCCGUCUGGCUCUGGCUGCGCCUGAUAUGCGAACUGGAGGGCGCCACACGGGCGCUUUCAGCGGCCGGCGGGGCGAGCCCCGGACCUCGACUUCCGGGCGAGGACGGAGACGGUCUCUGUGUCUCCGGGUCGCGCGGCGAGGCCCCGACCCGGCGAGACGUGCGGCCCCGGCUCGACACCGAGGCGAGAACCCCCCAGCUCGCCAAACAGACACCGGCCGGGUCGCGCUGUCUCCCGAGCAGCGGCCAGUCUAGCUGUGGCUUGGCGGCUCCUCGGUGUGGGGCUGUCUCUCCGCCGGCACGGGACGGGCGCGCGCCGCUUGCGAGGUUCUUGGAAGCAGAGCCCUUCUUCGCGUCGCUGCUUUCCGCGACCUGGAGGUGUAUGCACGCCGAUGUCUUGGACCGGCAGUCCGGCCUGAUCCUCGAUUUAGAGACGGCGGAAAGUCACCUCAAACGCGCGGAGCCAACAACCCCCGUGAUGACUGUCGAAGGCCAGGAAGUCGACGCGCCGUCUCCCUUCAACGUCGCUGCCUACUGGGGCUCUCUAGGCGUCACUUGGUCGGCCAAGGGGGCCUUUGCUCACCGGGUCUUGCCACGUCUCCAGGCCAUUCACCGCGACGUUCUUCUCGCUUCCUUCUUCUUCUCCCGCCUCGACCCUGGCCCAGCGCCCCUCCUCUUCUCGCCGCAGCCCGCCGUCGCUCCGCACGCCUCGCCGCUUUCUUCUCUCCUGCGGGACGCGCAAGUUGCGGCGACGCUCCACGCGGCUCUGGCUGCCCGACGAGCUGCGGUAGCCGCCACCGUCGCCUCUGUCGCGGCCGUGGUCGGGAGCGUGCGGGGACUCAAGCACCACGGAGCAGGCGGCGGCGCCAGGCGCCCUCUGGGCCGGCUAAAAACGUUUCUUCGCUCGGUGGUGCGGCGACCCCCCCGCCCUGCGUGCCGAGCUGCGUUUCCCGAUCUGUUUCUGUUCGACGCGUCUCUCGGGAGACAAGACUGCGUCCCGAGCCCGUGUCCCCUCCCCCGCAGCGGAGAGACCGGGAGUGAAGGCAGGACGCAGAAGGGCCGAAAAGCCAGGGACACGCCGAGAGAGUCUGCAGCAGACGAAGCUGCUCUGUUUCCGAAGCCGUCGACGUCGCCUUCCUGUUCCGAGAGAUCUCGGCGACUGCUGGCCCCCACAGUCGCGCUUCUGUCUCAGGCGGAGAAGGCCUUUGCCUGUGCGACCCUGGUGGCGACUUCUGUUCUCCUGUCCUCUGCCGCGCUCGCUCAAGAUUUCCGAUCCCCCGCCCACGACUUCCUGGCUCACCUCGCGACGCGCGCGCACGCGCGCCGCAGCUGGGGCUCGCCGGUCUCCGAGUGGGCUGCACAGAGUUCGUCGAGCGGUCCCUCGCACUCGCCCUGUGCAGUGCAUUUUCUCUUUCUGCUUCUCCUGGAGGCUUUCCGGGAACCGCUGCCUCCUCGGCCGCCGCUCGCUGGCGCCCCCGCGUCGGCGAAUCUGGACGAGAAGUUCCGCCUCUUCUUCUCGCCGCUCUCGCCGACGUCUCUGUCUCCGUCGGGAAGCCGAGCGAGGGAGGAGGAGCGAAGCUCGAACGACGAGAGAGAGAAGGCAAAGCCACGUGAAAGCAAGGAACGAACGCCUUUCCUGUGGCCGCCGAAAGUGGAGAUAUGCGUGCGCGGCCCGUCGGCAAUGUCUCUCGGUUUCGGCUCGGCUUCUGCGCUUCUUCUGCCGCUCCUGCCGCCUGCCGUCGCGGCGCCCCACCCUCACGCGCUUCGCCCCGCGACCUGUCCGCCUCGAAAGACAAAGUCCGUGAUUGGAAGCUCGGGCUGUCUCCAUUCGCACGUCGCUGCACUGUCGGCCUCGUUCGUUGAGGCCCAGCAAGAUAGCUGGGCACUGCCUGCAGCGGUGCGGAAAGGCGAAGAAGGGUGGAUGGGCGGCAAGCGAGGAAGAAGCGAGAAAGCCAGCGGGAGAGAAAACGACGGACCGGGAAGAAGAGAUAUCGAUCGGUCGGGGUCUUGGCGCUGUCCGUCGGCGAGACUCGGAGCGCAUGCGUCUUCUCUCGCGCCGUCCUUUCUUCUCUGCACGUUUGGCACCGGAUGGUACCACUCCGCCCGCAGACUCGUAGCGGACGCCGUCGCUCUCUCGCUGGCGGACACGACAGGAAAGGCCCAGGAAAGACGAGAAGAGAGCGGAAACGGAGGGCCUUGCUUGCCGGCCAGUUGCUCCUGCCGACUGUGCUUCUUCUUGGAGAGUCGGCGGUCUGUGGCCGCAGCAGGCUUCGGCGCGCUCUUGGCGUUCUUGAGCAGACCCGCCGACGAGUUGUAUCUCGCCUCGUGCCACUGUCCACUUCACCUCGCGUCCUCCUUCUCGCUGUUUUCUCCUGCGCCGGGGGAGGCGCCCGGCGAGGCGGCGCGGAAAAAGAAAGACCCACACAAACUGGCGACGCCGGCGUCGGCCAUCCGCUUCGCUGGAUGUUCCGCGCGAGAGGCGUCUCCGAAACAGAGUCCGUCGCCUCCGUCUCGACCCUCGUCUGCGGCGAGUCCGUCGCGGGCUUCUCCCCGCUCGCUGCUGCCUGCCUGCUACUCUUCGCCGUCCUGCGCUCGCUCCCUGGCUUUCUUUGCGCGCGCGUCUCGGUGGAUGCAUGCACGCGACGAAGAGGACCACCACGCGAGACAUCAGUUCCUCCAUCUCUCGCAGUCGCUUCUUCUUCUCCUCGGCGGGCAGCGUCGCCUCGGCUGGGCGGCCCUAGCUGCCUCAGACGAUGCGGCGCUCCGAGAGGCGGCUACCGCCGACAGCGGAAGACGCAGAGAGGCGGUGCGUGGGAAAAGAAGCAAGACAGAAGGCGAGAAACGAACAAGACCGGAGGCUCGCACGCACUCCCUGUCGAGACGCGAGACGCGGGAGAAGGGACACUUAACUCGGUGGAGCCUCGACGGCAGCACAGGCCGAGGGGCGAUUCGGCAGAUUUCUAACGGCCAGAUGACGCCCAGUGUCGCUCUGUAUCCUGCUCCCACCUGUAUCUUCCAGCUGCCGGAGUGGGUGUCUUUCCAAGCAAGGCUCGGCGGCCAGCAACCCCCGCUUGCGUCUAUUUUUUUCGCGCAUUAUUCAGGGACAUCCGACGCAGGAAAGCGCGACGCUGGGCCUGGGGAGGCAUCGAACAGCGGGCUUUUCCGCGCUGCCGCCUGCCCGAGCCGUGGGGCAUCUGGCCCAUACAUGCAGCUACCGGUGUGUCUGAUUCACUUGUUUCUCCACGACGAAAUCGAGAGGGUUCGCGCGUGGACGUCAACCCUCAGCCCUAAACCCGCCCAAAGGUUAGCCGCACCUCGGGCGUCGCUGAGGCACGAAACUGCGAGAGAGAAUAAUCCUGUGGGGGCUCCGCGCUGCCCGAAGGGCCUGCUCCAUGCCCCCGGGCAGAGACCACCCGAGAGCGAGGCACGGAAGAAUGCAAGAGAGGAAGCAAAUGCGGAGUGGCGAGAAGGCAGUUGCACGGACAAGAACAGAGGGAGAGGCAGAGGCAGCCGCAAGUGGAGGGUGAAGGCGAAGCCCGGCGGGGCGAAGAGGCGACUAGGAGGUUUGCUGGCGAGAAAGAAGACCCCGCACGCGAAAUCAUGGGAAAGCAAGGAAGGCUGGAGAAAAGGGGCGGGGCCCAAGCCGCGGUCGCGCCUCGCCUCGCUGUUCCGCAGUCGCGCCUCCCCGACGUCUCGCUCGCUUUCGUCUGGGGCCAAGCGAGACGCUGGCGCAGCGAUAGCGGCCGAGACGCGGCGGUACGAGAUGCGGCGGGUCGAGGGAAGGGCGAAGAGGGAGAAACGGGAAGAGGAAGGCAGGAGCCGAGCAGCCUCGCGCCGCAGCAGCACCUUUUCCGAGGUCUCCGCGCUCGACUGCAUCCUCCAAGGCGCUGACCUUUGCCUGAUCGCCGCCGCCGUGCAGAGGUUUCGGUGGCCGCCGGAGAUUCUCAGAGAAACCGCGACGCUCCGACACCUCGAGACGGCGCUACCGUGCGACGCCUUCUUGGCGGACUCCGUAGCGCACUCAAAAAGCAGAAAUUACUCAGACUUGCUCUGGCGAUUUCUUCUACAGUACUUGGGUCUGCUGUCUUUUCCGACCCCCUCCGAGGCCUCCGCCCUGGCCUCGCCGCUCGUGCCUUCCCUCAGCUCCCCGCGCUUCUUCAGGUGGAAGAGCCAGACAGGCCUUCCGCCGUCAGGCGUGCCCGCUGUCUUUCCGGAGAUUGCGGCGCGGCUUCUGAUCUAUUCCGUCCGGUUUCCACUCGCGUUUCUUCUCCAAAUCCUCGCCCCACACGCGACCGCCUCCCUGGCUUUGGGCGCGACGGAAAUCCCGGCCUCGGCGGCGGAGGCGCGCAGUCGGCGCUGUCUCCGUUUCUGUCUCUGGUUGUCUCCACCCGCUUCCCCCGGGCCUCUCCGCGGGGCCUCGCUGGCCAGUCGGACAGGCGGGGACGCGUGGGAGGCGCCGCCAGGCGAUCUGUUGGAUCCACGCCGUCACCUGCAGAGAGCGACGAACGGCAGAAAAGGUCUGUUUACGCGUGUCGUUCGAGAGCGUCAGCCUCUUUCCAGGAGACAAAGAGACGCGAGAAGAGUGCGCCUCGGGAAGCGAGACCCACCGCGAGCGUGGAGCCGUGCGGACUGUGCAGUCGCCUUCUCUCCUUCUUCACUCCUCAGCGCUGGCGCCUUCGUUUCUGUCCUUCGCAUCUGCGCCGCGCGAGGCCUCUCCUUCUACCCUUCUUCGCUGCUGGAUCGGACACUCCUCCCGCAGCUGAUUCAGCUGAUGCGCGUCGACGUCGGCCGUGCCAUGGAGGCUCUUCUUCUCGACGAGGCGACGAGGGUGAAAGAAGACGGCGAGGGCAUUGGACUUCCCGAGGCGUUUCAAAUCGCCGCGGAGGCUGCUCCAGGACGCACCGACCCUUUGGCGGGAAAAUGCAUGCGUCUCCAGCUUGCGCUUUUGAUGGCGCUCCCCCCCAAGAGACGCGAAGUCCUUCGACGCCAGUACACGUUCUGGGACGCCCUCGCUGCUCUGAGUGGAAAGGCGAAGCGCCAACCCCCCAGCGAACGAGGCGCUUUCCUCAAACAGGAAAUCGAACGCACUGUGAGGUGCACAGAUUUGUCGGAUAUGACGAUGCCUCUCGACCCUUCGCGCCUUUUGGUGCGUGUCCUGAGUGAAACAGCAGUUCCCCUGCAAUCUGCCGCCAAGGUGCCCUACGCUCUCACCUUUGAAACGCGGGCGCUGAGUCCGGGCAGCGCCACGCAGCCUUCUGGCGACGCGCAGGAGCAAGUAUCGAGGGUCACGUGCAUUUUCAAGAUGAACGACGACGUGCGCCAAGACCAGCUGGCCCUUCAAAUCAUCCAGAUUGCAGCCGCCGCGUUCAACCGUGUCGGCGUCGACCUUUGGGUCCGGCCGUACAAAGUGGCAUCGAUGCGCGUCGCCUCCUCGUCGGUGCUCUCUCUGCCUUCUUCCUCUGCGAGCCUGUCGACUCCGCCGACAGAAAGGCCUUCUUCGGCGCCACAACGCAGGGCGGUCUCGUCUUCGCGAAGCUCUCGAGUCGCGUCUUUGCCGUUCUUUUCGCGGGCCUCUUCGCGUGCGGUCGCGUCGGCGCUGCGGGGCGCCCCCGGCCAGAGCUCGCGGAGGAACGCGCAGAAACAACAGCCGCACCCAGCGACAGGGGAGGCCGAGCAGGAGGCGUUCGGUUUGGAGAAUCGAAGGGCCGGGAAAGCUGGGACGGAAGCGAAAGGGGUGCCCAAGUCUGCCUCGUUUUCGGAUCAGUCGUCAGCGCUUGGCGGCCUCAUCGAGUUGAUUCCCAACACAAUUUCGAGACACCAGAUCGGAAGGAAGUUCGGCUGUUCUCUGCCUGAGUUCUUUUCGCUGGUUUUCGGCAACAGUCGCGAACGCGAGGUGGAAGGCGAAGACACGGAAAACAGAGAAGCAGAAGGAAACGACAGAGAGAAAACGGGGUGUUCGGAUGCAAACGCCUGGUUUGUGCCGACGCCGAACCCGGAGAGCAGAGGGACGGCGCUCUACAACAUGGCUGUGAAGAACUUCGUCAAGAGCCUCGCUGGCUACGCCGUCCUCUCCUACAUUCUCCAGGUGAAGGACCGCCAUAACGGAAAUCUCCUGAUUUCUUGUCAGUCCGGGCGCGUCAUCCACAUCGACUUUGGUUUCGUCUUCGACAUCUCCCCGGGCCACGACAUGCAGUUCGAGAAGGCUCCCUUCAAACUCACCAAGGAAAUGGUCCAGCUCAUGGGGGGUCACAAUCGAACAGAAACCUUUCGGCACUUCACACACCUCUGUGUGCAAGGAUACCUCGUUCUGCGCGAACAGGCAGAUCUCAUCAUGACGUUGGUCCAGACGAUGCUUCACUCCGGCCUCCCUUGUUUCAAACGGCAGUCGCUCGAAAACCUAAAGUGGAGAUUCCAACUGGAUGCCUCCCCGGAGCAAGCCGCCGCAUUUAUGGAGGCGCGCGUCAUGGACGCUUACGAGAACUUCACGACAAAAGCCUACGACGUUGUUCAACAUAUCCAGCAGGGGAUUGAUUACUGA